AUGGCUGUGCCCAUGUUCGUUUCCUCUCACCACGACCUUCUCCACAUCCUCUCCCUCACAAGAACCGCCGUUUCGCACUUCACGCUCGUUUCACCCGCCGAAUUCACAAUAGCGGUCAAUUUCUCUAAGGAUAGGGUCUUGGAUGGGCACACGGGCUCUGUGCGACUUCUAUUCACUCUCAUCAUAUCAGCCGCGUCCGUCAUCAGCUUUGCGGCUGCUGCACUCACUGUCAGCCCCGGAGUAGUCAGCUCUGUACCUGCAUUUGACAUCCCAGUCGCCACCAACGUCAAUGCAAGCCAGGCCCAGGAGCAGGAGGAAGCGUGCAAGGCGGCGGACCCCUCGAAGAUUUACGCUGCCAUCCGCUGUGAAAGUGGUCCGCCCGACACUGUAGGGUAUACCCAAUGUGUUCCGUUUCAGAAUCAGAAGGGAGAGGACAUCACAAGCGCUGUAUACUGCCAGUCCGCGAAUUGCAACUUCUUCUCGGAUGCGGGCUGCAAAUCUAAGCCAACCAAUCUUACGCCGGCGCCCUUCACACCUGGGCCUCACUUCAGCGUUGUAUCCUCCUGGCAGAUAGUGGGAUAUCGCGCCUUCAACUGCACUUCGAACGUGGUUCCUAGACUACCUUGA